UUUCAGUUCAUACACCUCCCCCAUCUUUCAUUCCAUUAACACCUCCUUCCAUUCAAAAACUCUUCCUCCAAACCUCAUCUUCAUCAAAAAUGGAUCAUCAUCAUCAUUCAUUCAAGAACCAGCAAAACUCUGGAUUCCCAAUCUUAGCCAUUGCUGCACUCUGCAUCGUGGCCACCGCCUUCUUGCUGGUCACCUACUACUUCUUCGUUACCCGAAGCUGCUUCAAUUGGCAACAAGUCAAUCCAUUAAGACGCUUUUCUAUCUCAAGAGACCGAUCCACACCAGACCCCUUGUCAUCCGCCUACUCUACUCCUCCUUGGCGGGUUCGUGGGCUAGAUGAAUUCAUAAUCCGUGAGAUCCCCAUUUGUCAGUAUACUCAAACCGAAGGUAAAAAGAGAAGCUUGUAUGAGUGUGUUGUUUGUUUGAAUGAUUUUCAAGAACUGGAUACAUUACGAAUCCUUCCUAGCUGUAACCAUGGUUUUCAUCUUGAUUGCAUCGAUAUUUGGCUUCAGAACAACGCCAAUUGCCCUCUUUGCAGAUUGAGCAUUUCGGGUGCACCUAGCUACCCGGUUGACCAGAUUUUCGCACCAACUUCUUCACCCCAAGAUCCUCAACCGAGCCCAUCUGGGAGUAAUCAAGAUUUCUUGAUAAUUGAGUUGGGCGAAGAGGGAAAUGGAAACGCAAACGGAUCAAGAUUGCAGGAACCCAGAAGUCAUUCUCCAAGAAGGAUUGGAAGGAAGAGACUAAAAACAAGAAAGUCUCAUCCUUUUUCGAUUAUGGGAGACGAGAGCAUUGAUAUUAGGGGAAAAGAUGAGCGGUUUUCAAUCCAACCCAUUCGGAGAUCGUUCUCAAUGGAUUCAGCUAUCGACCGCCAUAUCUACUUAUCGGUUCAGGAGAUCAUACAGAACGAUGGGAAUCUCCAAGAAACCAGGAACACCGAAGAGGGUAGUAUCAGUGGCAGAACAAGAAGACAUUUCUUCUCAUUUGGGCAUGGCCGAGGAUCUAGAAGCGCAGUUCUUCCGAUCGAGUUUUAGUAAAUCGUUCUAUUCUGCUUCGUUUCAAGUUCUUUUUCCUAAUUUUUCCUGGGUUUUCAUUAGACUUUCUAGAUGGAAUUAUGUAGCUGGUUAUAGAGACAUUAUUAACAUAGUUGUGUAAAGCAAUGAUACAAAGAUCACACAUAAAGAAGAUAGAAUUGUGCUAAAAUUGUGGCAAUGGCAUGGGUGUAAGAAUGAUUGCUACUUGCUAACAUCACUUUGGCCUGCAGAUACUUUCAUGAAUGAGAAUCAUUGUAUC